CCCAGCUUAUCGGACUGGCCUUCUUGGGCUUGCAGAGACUCGAGGACAAGCAGAGAGCUUUGGGGAUCCUGGCCACUGCACAGGCAGGGUGACGGGGCUUCCUGGAGGAAGCCAGUCCCCCUGGGAACUGGGGACAGCAGGCAUUGCCUGGCAGCCACGUCCUGUGGGGUGAUCAGGGCCCGCAGUUAUUUGGGGAGUUGUUGUACUUUUCAGCACUUUCAGGGGCUCCACAGUGCAGGCCAUCCUUGGGCCCACUUCUGGGGCUAAAAUGCCUGCCCUUCACAUCGAAGAUUUGCCAGAGAAGGAAAAGCUCAAGAUGGAAGUUGAGCAACUUCGCAAAGAAGUUAAGUUGCAGAGACAGCAGGUAUCUAAAUGUUCUGAAGAAAUAAAGAACUAUAUUGAAGAACGUUCUGGAGAGGAUCCCCUGGUGAAAGGAAUUCCAGAAGACAAGAACCCCUUCAAAGAAAAAGGCAGCUGCGUCAUUUCAUAAAUAGCUCUGGGGAGAAACUUUAUCCUCAGAGGAAGAGUGAUUUUUUUUCUGUGUUAUUUUCCCUCACGUGCCUUUUAAGGAAGGAAAAUAUAACUUGAAAGAGAAUCUUUAAAGCAAUCUAUCCAUAGACUGAUGCAUCACAAUAUGUCUGCUUCUCAUCUUUGUUCACUGUACCCUCUCUAUAAGAGGACAGAUCAUUUGAUGUACAAUCGUGGAAUGAAGGACAUUACUUUUGCAUGACUCUUUUCUUUCUGUAUAUCACUUGAUGCUUCAAAUAAAGUUUUGUCUUGAAAA